AUGAACUCUGGAUCUAUUUACCCUUUACUUAAACAUGAUUAUCCCAAUAACCCCAUCUUUAAAAAAGACCUUUACAAUGCGGUAUAUCAGUUUCGAGCUACAAAUAAUCCAGGUGACUCAGAUGCAUCCCAAAUGCUUCAAAUAUUAUUAAGUUGGAAGGAAUUUGACCCUUUAUGGGUAGUUAAAUCACACUUAGAUUCUUUUUCUAGAAGAUUAAAUAGGUUAUUAUGGAUGUCUCCAUCACAAAGGUCUUUAUAUGCAAUUUCUAUGAUGUUAUCAAGAAUCGUAGCUACUGCUGUUAUAAAUGAUGAAACUCUCGAUACUUUUCAAUGGAUUUUUACUACUUUAUUUGAGGAAAUGGGCAUCAAUCCCAAAGUCAUAUUUACUGAUUCUGAUCCAUCUAUGAUUAGUGUGAUUAAAGAAAUACAUCCUAAUAUAAACCACUUAUUAUGUAUUUUCCAUAUUGAUAUGAAUCUUCAAAAAAAGCUUAAAUGUAAAUUGAGACCUCAUUUUGAAGAAUUUCAUCAAAAGUUCUAUAUAUGUAAUCAAUUUACAGCUGGUGCUCAAAGCAUACAGAAGAUAAAGUCUAUCAACAAGCAAAUAUAUGAUAAGGUUGAUCAG